GCUGCCGCGUAGUCUGCGGCUGAAUGGGCGGUGGCAGAGCAUGUGUGAUCCGCUGAGGCUGCUGCUUGCCUGGGACCCAGAGGUUGCAUGCUUCCCCCCGGCCGGACCGUAAAGCCAGGGGCUGCGAGGACGCGACGGCGGAGGAGGAGGCAAAGGGCAGCUGGAGAUAGGCCGGGCGCCCCUUUCCGAGGGUGAAGGGCCCCGGCUCCGCGGGGGUCAUGGCAGCGCUGGCCGACAGAGUACGAGGCAGAGGGCGCAUCGCCGCCGGGCUCCUGCUAAACCUACUGGUGUCCAUCUGCAUCGUGUUCCUCAACAAAUGGAUCUAUGUCCACUACGGCUUCCCCAACAUGAGCCUGACCCUGGUGCACUUCGUGGUAACUUGGCUGGGCUUGUACGUCUGCCAGAAACUGGACAUGUUUGCCCCCAAAAGUCUGCCGCCUUCCAAGCUCCUCCUCCUGGCCCUCAGCUUCUGUGGCUUCGUGGUCUUCACCAACUUAUCUCUGCAGAACAACACCAUAGGCACCUAUCAGCUGGCCAAGGCCAUGACCACGCCGGUGAUCAUAGUCAUCCAGACCUUCUGCUAUAAGAAAACCUUCUCCACCAAAAUACAGUUCACGCUGAUUCCUAUAACUGUAGGUGUAAUCCUAAAUUCUUAUUACGAUGUGAAGUUUAAUUUCCUUGGAACGGUGUUUGCUGCACUUGGUGUUUUAGUUACAUCCCUUUAUCAAGUGUGGGUAGGAGCCAAGCAGCAUGAAUUGCAAGUAAACUCCAUGCAGCUGCUGUACUACCAGGCCCCGAUGUCAUCUGCCAUGUUGCUGGUCGCCGUGCCCUUCUUUGAGCCGGUGUUCGCAGAAGGAGGAAUGUUUGGUCCCUGGUCGGUCUCUGCUUUGCUGAUGGUCCUGCUCUCUGGAGUAAUAGCUUUCAUGGUGAACUUAUCGAUUUAUUGGAUCAUUGGGAACACUUCACCAGUCACCUAUAACAUGUUUGGACACUUCAAGUUCUGCAUUACUUUAUUUGGAGGAUAUGUUUUAUUUCAGGAUCCAUUGUCCAUUAAUCAGGGUCUUGGCAUGUUAUGUACACUAUUUGGCAUUCUUGCCUAUACCCAUAUUAAACUCAGUGAACAGGAAGGAAGUAAGAGUAAAUUGGUGCAACGUCCUUAAUUAGGUUUUCCUAGAGAAAAGAAAGUCGCCUGAAGAAGAUAAAAAAAAAAGUAUUAAGUGUGCAAGUUACUUUCAAAGAUGAAACAAAAAUUAUAUGGCAAAAUACAUUAAAUGAUGGUUUGAAAGAAGUUAAGCAAAGGAAAUUUUAUUCAUAAAUAUGACUUUCUUGGGACUUAACUGGUGGUCCAGUGGUUGGGACUCCACACUUUCACUGCCAAGGAUGCAGGUUCAAUCCCUGGUCAGGGAGCUAAGACCACACAAGCCAUGUGGCACAGCCAAAAAUUAAAAAAAAUUUUAAGUAAAAAUAAAAUAAAAUAAAUACAACUUUCUCUUUUAGAGUACCUUUUUUAAAAAACGUAAUUCUCUAAAACAUGGCUCAUGCUUCUUUUCAAAGAUAAUUCUAUGAAGUACACAGAAUGUUUGGUUAUAUCAAAUGAAGUACAUGAAAUUAAAGUUCUGUAAUGGUGACAAAGGAAUUCAGAUCACUGUACUACAAACGUGUAGUGGUUUUUUUUUUUUUUGCGGUAGGCGGGCCUCUCACUGUUGUGGCCUCUCCCCUUGCGGAGCACAGGCUCCGGACGCGCAGGCUCAGCGCCAUGGCUCACGGGCCUAGCCGCUCUGCGGCAUGUGGGAUCUUCCCAGACCGGGGCACGAACCCGUGUCCCCUGCAUCGGCAGGCGGACUCUUAACCACUGCGCCACCAGGGAAGCCCCGUGUAGUGGUUUUUAAGGAAGGACACAUAGGAGGUCCCCAAUGUGAGCUCUGUUAUAAUUUAGGCCAAAGUAUUCAAGUCAGAAUUUAACGCUAGCAUUUCUAUUGAUAUUUUAGUUGUUUUAGUGUAACUUCCUGCUUUUUUCAUUUAUAGAUAUGAAAUAACAUUUCCAGAAAGCAGAGUGUAGUAAAGGGGACCAUAAGCCAAAAUCCGGUUCUAAAAGUACCAUUUCUCUAGUAGAAAAUUGAUGUAAGAAGUUAGAUGUUAUAAAAAAAACUACAGUUUCUGUAGGUAUUCUCUUGUUUUGAGCUCUCGGUGAACUCUAGAAACUAUACAUGAAGUUAAAAAACAAAAUGGCUCCAUGUUUAAAUGGCUCAAAGAAAAGACUAUGGGAGGGGUUGAGCAGGUUUCUUCUUAUCCUGGUGACUGUUCUUCUGGCCUCUUUGAGCAUUUCAUGUUGGUAAUUUCUUAAGACUACCUUCCUGCUGUCAUUCCCUACCCACCACAUGUGAGGCAUCCGUGGAGCUUUCUUUGGCACUGAAGGAUUUGGAGUGAACUAUGUCAGCCUUUCUAAGGGGGCUGAGGAAAAUUCUUGAGCAGCAAGUCAAGGCAAAUUUUAUCAAAGACUAAGCAGAAGCUUGAUGAAGAUACGAGGAAAGAUUUGAAGGAGAAGUAGAGAAACAGUCAAUAUUUAACAAGUUCCAUGAGUUUUUUAAAGGGAUAAUUUAAAAAAAUGUUAUAGGGGAAAUACAUGAUACUUAAGGAAAUAAUUGUGCCACAUAUUUAAUUGCAAAAUCUUUCUGCCUUCCAACUUUUGACAUUUGAGAAUUCAAAGCAGUUGUUGAUAACCUCUCACAAUAAAUUGACUGAAACAGGUAAUCCCUCUUGUAAUAAAUAAUUCUUUUUCUAAACAUGGUUUAGAAACUUCAAGUGAGAACGCAACACUUAGGAGGACAAAGAGCCACGUGUAGAAAAUAUGCCUUUUAGGAUUACUUUUUUCCUGGACUGUUUGAAGUGAAAAGCCUCACUGAAAAUCUUAUUUUGACAGAAUUUCAAUGUAUCAGUCAAUCUGUUGUGUGAUUUUUAUGUGUGGUUUUCUGUUUUUGUUUUAAAUACUUUUGAUUCUUCUCCGUUUCCAAAGAUACAUUUUAUUGUGCUAAGAAAUACAAAGCAGAUUGUCUUGCCAGAUGGACCUCAGGAGUUAUGUUUGUCUAAGAAAUGUUCUCUGUGUAUGUUUAAAUUAACAUAUAAUUAUUUCCCCAAAGCUGGAGAAAAGUAUUUCAGUAUUUCAGAGGAUUAUGUGACUUCUGUGCACUAACAGCUGAGUUGAUUUGUGCCAUGUACAAAUUCUUCUUAACUGUAAAUACAACUUGGGGAGGGGAUUUGUAAUAAAUGUUGGGGGAGAGUUAUAAUAAAUGACUGAUGUCAAUAGGAAUGCAAGGAAGGUUGGAACAAGAUAGCAUGGGGGGGUACGUAUUUAUAAGUGAAUAAAAUAUGUACUCCUGGAACUAGAGUCUGAUAAACAUUUUUUGCCCUGAAGACCGUCUUCCCAUUGAAAAGGAGAUUCCUGGAGGAAAAAAUGUACCAGACCAUAAGGACCAACCACAGAGACAAACCAGAAAUGCAGUGCUAU